UUGUCUGUUUUAUGUUAGUUUUUCUUGCUUCAGGCCGUCGGGAAACGUGCGCUUUAAUGCUGAGCAGGGCGUCGAUGUCACUGGUCUGAUCCACUCAGCUACAUAUAAAGUAUGUCUGGAAUCUCUGUUCUAAGGCUGCGCUCGUUUUGACAUUUUCAAGUAUAAGGUUUAAGGUUUCAAAGUUUCACGUCUCUUGACGUGGUUCACCUGUCUUCGUUGUAUAGAGACGAGAGGUUCUUGAAAGCACUUUAGCGGGUUUCUCGUAUUGGCUAUUUAUGCAAUCUUGGUAAAAUCAGGAUUCAGUUUUGUACAAUUCUGGUAUACAGCCAAGGCAUUGCUGUGGCGCAGUUAGCUUGGUUAGCCUUCUCUGCAUACGUGGUUUUCCAAGUCGUGAUUUCGAAGUUUGUUGGUGUUUAUACGACAUCAAACGUUUCGUAAACUCAUCUAAAACAGCUCCUUUACAAGGAAAGGCACUUCACUGACACAAAACAUGAGUGUUUACUUCUCUAAACACUCUAUCAAUGGCUAUCGAGAUCACAUGGGGUCUGUUGACCCAGCCAUCCGAGACAGGCUUCUGUCAGCCAUCAAUGAGCUGACCCUUCUGGGUCCAGACCUCCCCAGACACCAGGAUCGAAUACAAGUUUCAAGGUCCAGAUCAACACGAUCUACGAAUCGAAUCAAAAACGAAAGACCAGGCCCAAAUGCAGCUUCUCAAGGAAAGACAUUUACGAAACCGCCUGUUACACACGGCGUACUAAAAGAAAAGAUCAAAUACAGAACAGGUGCAGCCUCUAAGGAUCCAGGAAAGGGCAAUGUAAUAGUUUUUGCUAAAGUUCUUCAUCAAGAUACAGAGUACAAGACGAUACCAAUCACGUUCUUGACGACGAGCAAAGAGUUGGUCAACACUGUUCUAAAGGAUUACUAUGCACAUUCAAAGGAUCCGAACCUGUUUUACCUCGCAAUGGAAACAGGAAUAAAAAGCAAAGAUUCUGGGCUUCCUAUAUCCCAAAUGAUUGUGCUUGAGGACGAUGCUCGACCUCUUGAACUUCAAGCAUGUCAACCACAGGGAGAAACCAAAUUCCAUUUAAAAAUGAAAAGCGGCGGGCUGGUUCGAGUGAGAACGAACAUUCUAAUUCCAGGGUCGACCUUCAAGACUAUAUUCAUCGCUAGAUGCACCACAUCUCAAGAGCUCAUCAAGCUAAUCAUCAAUGCGUGUAAGAGUGACGAACAUCCUGAGAAUUUCGUGCUGCGAGAAGGAUCUCCAAACUUUGAAGUUGAUCGAAUCCUUGGUCAAAAUGAGUAUCCAGUUGAGGUCCAGUCUUCUUGGAAGCCAGAAGAAGAACGUUCUUUUUUCCUUUCUAAAGUAAAUAAAACGCUUGAUAAAAGUCCGCCGCAAACUCUAGAAAUAGGUACAUCCGAUGAGCUGAAGAAUGAGAUUGUAAAACAAAAUCAAACCAUUGACACCCUGAAUGAAACCAUUAAAAGACUUCAAGACGAACAAUCCCUAGACGGUCUUCGUCAGAGAGCUAUCAGUUCAGUAUGCACCGGCGUUUUCAAGGAUGAUUACGAUCAGAUUGAUGACAUCAAUAUUAAGUUAUUUGAACCACCACAGUACCAAGAUAGCGACCAAAAUGAUUUAGAUGAAGAGCAGGGUCUAUCAAAUGGCRAAAAACUUAGGCAACGAAAAACUUCCAUCGAUGCUCUUGACUUACAGACUCCAGUAAGUCAACCAAUCAACGGAAAGCUAGGAAGAAAGAGUUCCCGAAUCUUAAAGUUACGACGAAGUUUUACGAAGUACAGAUUUCAAAAACACAGCAUCGAUGCAUUAGACUUGUGCGACAGUAAGAAAGACGAGACAAAAAGGAAUGAUUCGAGAAAUUCACAAAUUGAAAGAUUCAGGCUAAAGUUUUUGGAAUAUUAUAAUGUCAAAUCUGAUGGACCGCAAAGGCGGAUAUCAAGCGUUCUUACACCCCCAAGGCCGCGUCGUAGGACGGAAUCUCAACAAAAUAACGAUAAAGGAAGAUCUUUUUCGGCAUCUGAUGCCGAAUUUACAGGAAUAGAUCCCCAAUUCCACUGCGAAUUACAAACGGUUUUUUCGAGAAGGUCUUCUUUGAACAGUUCAUGUGACAAAGAGAUUGAAGRGGUUUUUGAAAACUCAUCCAUCACGCCGGAAUUCGCUGAUGAAGAUUCAAAGACAUUUUCCUAUUUAUCUAUUUAUGAUAUUCUUGAAGACAUGAGACUAAUUACAGCAACCCUCCAAAGAGAACCAGGCAUGGAGUUAGGUCUAGAGAUUGCACGUGUAACUGAUCAGGCAGGGUCUCCUGUCGAUGAAGAAAAUGACGGUGGAAAAGUUGUCUACGUUUUCCAUAAGAGCGAUGGUCAAACUUCCGUUGUUGAAAGCCCCACAGGACUUACAGAAAUUGAAAAACAGACAUCAUUAACGGGUUAUCCUACCAUCACCAAGGAAGAACUGUCUACGUCUAAGUAUUCCGAAGACGAAAGAGACGACGUUUUUUCGCCUGUACACAUUGAAUCACAUGCUGAUGAAAGUGGUACGCUUGUAAAUCAUGUGAAGUCCAAAGACGGUAAAAACUUAACAAACCUCGAAUCUCGUUCUACUUUUUCAUGCUGGAAAAAGGGCCUAGGACCCAAGGCUCAUCGUGGUGUACGGAUUGUUGGGGUUGCCAAAGGGAGUCGCGCAGAAGAAACUGGGAAACUAGCAAGAGGUGACGUCAUAGUUGAGGUCAAUGGAAGAAACGUUUUGAAUUCUUCGCUUGACGUUGUCAUAGCAACCUUGAAGGACUGUAACACAGUACAACUCGUAGUGGCAAGGGAAAAAGACACAAUGGAUUCAAAUGGAAACACGGUGGAGCCUUCCCCAGCGCAAUCUCCACUGCCGUCUUACCAUGAAGACAUGAAGGCUUUGACAGAUCAGGUACAACAGCUGGUUGGCAAGGUAACUGAGCUACAAGCUUCUCUGACAAAGAAAGACAAGACAAUUGCCUCUCUAAAGAAAUCGCUCGUCAAGAAAAAACUUAGAAUUAGUUCCAAAGAGAAGAUAGUUGAAGGAGAACAAGUUAUGGUAUAAAUGUUAGAUGAAUGAGUUUUUGCGGGGUGUUAUGAAGAGUUUGGAUAAACGUUGUGCGCAUAAUUAUGUUGAAUGUUCAUGUGGUUUGUUUUUAAUGGAGAAAGCUUGGUAAAGGUAUGUUGCAUGUUGUUUACUAAGCUUCAUAUUUAUUAAAUACAUGUGUAAAUAAUGUUAGCACGGAAGAAAAUAUACCGGAAGAACGUGCAGACAAGGUUUAGGAAAAUUUCAUAUUGUUGUGUCCUUUUGCCGAUUGGAUUCACAUCGCUUAUAAUGCAGUUCGGGCUUGCUGAUACACGCAACAAAACCAACAAAAAUUUCGUUUUGAAAAUAAUAUAUAUCUAGCUGUAUCUGUAAUAGUGUGCUACAUACGUUUAUAUGAGUAAAUUCGUGACCUAUUUGAUUAUCAUAAAUACUUUAUUGGAUCUAUUUUACAACGACGUUGUUAAAAUAUUAGAUAAAACCUUACAAAAAGAUACAGUUUCAGUGUAAUACACAACACAGCUAAUAAGGCUUUUUUCGUAUUUUUUCACAACAAUCAGAAUAUUUAUACAAUUUUUGACAAACUGCUGUACUAAAUAUUGAUUGUUUCUAGAGUGACCAUAGUAAAUCCGUGAAAAUUUAGUAAUGCUAAAUAGCACAAUUUCAUGUAAAUUCCAUUGUUUUCUAUUGCUUAAUUAGCACUAUUUGGUACUAUUUAGUAAUUAAUGUUUCACGGAUUAAUUGUUUGCACUCUAGUUCUCUCCACAAAAUGAUAUAUAUAUAUACAUGUGUCAAUAUUUUACAUUAAAGUAUAGAUUAUCACAAAUUAAGAAAUAAAACUACCAUCAAGAGUGUUACAACUA